CGCCCUGCGCGCUCCGCUUUGCUGGGCGGGGGCGGCUGCGGGCCGGCGGGCUUGCUGAGGGAGGGCGCCCCGGCAGCAGGUGGGCGGGGUGCGGGCCGGCGGCGGCGGCCGGCUGGGAGCUGCCAGGCUGCGCUCGGGUUGAGCGCGGCCGGCCAUACGUCGCGCCAUGGACUUCAACAUGAAGAAGCUGGCGUCGGACGCGGGCAUCUUCUUCACCCGGGCGGUGCAGUUCACAGAGGAGAAAUUCGGCCAGGCUGAGAAGACUGAGCUGGAUGCACACUUUGAAAACCUUCUGGCCCGGGCAGACAGCACCAAGAACUGGACAGAGAAAAUCCUACGGCAGACAGAGGUGCUGCUGCAGCCCAACCCUAGUGCCCGAGUGGAGGAGUUCCUGUAUGAGAAGCUGGACAGGAAAGUGCCCUCCAGGGUCACCAACGGGGAGCUACUGGCGCAGUACAUGGCAGAGGCAGCCAGUGAACUGGGGCCCACCACUCCCUAUGGGAAGACACUAAUCAAGGUGGCAGAAGCUGAAAAGCGCCUGGGAGCUGCAGAGAGGGACUUUAUCCACACAGCCUCCAUCAACUUCCUGACACCUCUGCGCAACUUCCUGGAAGGGGACUGGAAGACCAUUUCGAAGGAAAGACGUCUCCUCCAAAACCGACGUCUAGAUUUGGAUGCCUGCAAAGCACGGCUGAAGAAGGCUAAGGCCGCAGAAGCCAAAGCCACGACGGUGCCUGACUUUCAGGAGACUAGACCUCGUAAUUACAUUCUCUCGGCCAGCGCCUCCGCGCUCUGGAAUGAUGAGGUGGACAAGGCCGAGCAGGAGCUCCGGGUGGCCCAGACAGAGUUUGACCGGCAGGCAGAAGUGACCCGACUCCUGCUGGAGGGGAUCAGCAGCACCCACGUGAACCACCUCCGCUGCCUCCAUGAGUUCGUGGAAUCCCAGACUACAUACUAUGCGCAGUGCUACCGCCACAUGCUGGACUUACAGAAACAGCUGGGCAGCUCCCAGGGAGCCAUAUUCCCAGGCACAUUCGUGGGUACCACAGAACCUGUGUCCCCGCCCCUGAGCAGCACCUCGCCCACCACCACCGUGGCCACUAUGCCUGUGGGCCCCUCUGUGGCUGGGCUGGCCCCACCGGGAGAGGCCGCCCUCCACCUAGAGGUGACCCCACCCGCUAGCGGGACCCGGAAGGCCCGGGUGCUCUACGACUACGAGGCAGCCGACAGCAGUGAGUUGGCCCUGCUGGCGGAUGAGCUCAUCACCGUCUACAGCCUGCCUGGCAUGGACCCGGACUGGCUCAUCGGCGAGAGAGGCAACAAGAAGGGCAAGGUCCCGGUCACCUACUUGGAGCUGCUUAGCUGAGCCAGCCCCUCCCAGGCCCCUGCCCACUCUGGCCUGGGCUGGAGGAUGGGACCAGCCGUGCCACUUGUCCACGGGUGACUCAGCUGCUCGGGAUGGGGACACCGGCCCCAUCCUGUCCGUGCCCCCGGCCAUUCAGCCCCGCUUCUGGAGCCCCCUGCCCCACCUGCCUCCCCUGCCCUCCCAGCUCCAGCUAAGGAGGGAGGGCCUGGCUGCAGUGCUGGCUUCCACGCUGCACCAUGGCCCCUGCAGGAAGCCGGGGUACACCUCUGGCAAGAGAGCACCUGCCUUUUGGUUGCCAAGAGCAGCAAGGUAGGGGAGGCAGACCAGUGUGGCAGGCCCGGGCCAGGUGCCGGCCCCUCUGGAUGGACCAGAGCGGAGGGGCAACUGGCCGGAGCAGCGUCUCCCAGUGCUGCCCUCCCCUCCCGUGCGCACGUGGACAGCUCCUGCCGGGCUCCGUGGCUGCAGCCUGCACCUCUCCACCCUCUUUGUAACUUUAACUGAUCUUUUUACUCUGCCUGUCUGCUUGCUCUCUGGCCAGUGACAAAUAAUAAACCCUCCUUCCCAUGCA